UUUCAACAUUGACUUUUAGACUUCAUUCCUCCCCCCUUUUAUUCUUCACAGAAGACGCACAUACCUCCCUAUAUUGAGUAUUGAUCUUAUUACAUUCGAGCCAACUACCAAGAUGAGUGCGCUUGCAACCAAGCAGCAGUCGCAGAAGAUCUUCGAGAAAUUGAAGACAAAGCCUGCGAAUAGGAUAUGUUUUGAUUGCGGCCAGAAUAAUCCUACUUGGACAUCCGUGCCCUUCGGCAUCUACCUAUGCCUCGACUGUUCCUCUAACCACCGAAAUCUUGGUGUCCACAUCUCCUUUGUCCGCUCUACCAACCUUGACCAAUGGCAAUGGGAUCAACUUCGUGUCAUGAAAGUUGGAGGCAAUGAAUCCGCCACGAAAUACUUCCGUGCAAAUGGAGGAAGCGCUGCUCUUGCUAGCAAAGACCCUAAGACAAAGUACCAAUCUAGCGUAGCAACCAAGUAUAAGGAGGAGCUAAAGAGGCGAGCGGCUAGAGACGCUCUAGAGUAUCCCGAAGAGGUUGACGUCACCGAUGUCGUUGGAGACGCCGAAAGCAAUGCAACCCCCUCUAGCGAACCAAGCGACGACUUCUUUUCUUCGUGGGAUAAGCCAUCUAUCAAGAGACCCACACCGCCUAUCUCGCGAACCAACACGCCGCCUGUUGUCGGUCGAACCGCUUCUCCCUUCCUAAAUGCUGGCUCUAAUGGUAAGGAGAUCUCAAGAUCUUCCUCGCCCCUAUCUAAAUCCGACUCCGCCACCGAAGCCAAACCUGCCGCCAGCCGCAUCACCACCUCUGCUGCUCUUCGAAAGACCACCACAGGACCUCGCAAGGCCAACGUUCUAGGUGCAAAGAAGACCACAACCAAGCUUGGAGCAAAGAAGGUCACUGGAGAUCUUAUCGACUUUGACGAGGCUGAGAAGAAGGCCAAGGAGGAAGCCGAAAGAAUCGCGAAGUUAGGUUACGACCCGGAAGCCGAAGAGGCUGAAUCAAAGCAAACCACUACAUCCAAGACUGAAGCCGCCAAUGUCACUGCUCAAGCACCAGCGAACCCGCGUGGGUAUGGAUCUGGCCAUACCCGCGAAAAGUCGGCGGCUGAGGUUGAGCGACUGGGAAUGGGCUUCGGAAGACUAGGCUUUGGACAAGUCGGCGGUGGUAAAGCUGCUGCUAGCGCCGCGCCCAAGAAAAAUGCUGGAGGAUUUGGAUCUGUUGGUCCCGUCAAGGCUGCCACUGAAGAUGACGAUGAGCGCUACGCACGAAAUAAGUUUGGUAGCCAGAAGGGUAUCUCUUCAGAUGAGUUCUUCGGAAAAGGCACAUUCGACCCCAAUGCUCAGGCCGAGGCAAAGACCCGUUUGCAAGGGUUUGAGGGCGCCACCUCCAUCUCUUCAAAUGCUUACUUCGGCCGACCCGAGGACGAAGACCCUGUGGAUGAUUAUGGCGAUUUAGAGACCGCGGCCAAGGAUUUCGUCCGAAAGUUCGGUAUCACCGCCGGCGACGACCUCGACAACCUAACAAGUGCUCUAGGCGAAGGCGCCACCAGGCUCCAAGGCGCUAUCCGCAACUACUUGAACGGUUAAGCCAUGUUUGAUACGACAAUACGAAACGAAACGUAUUAAACCUUCAAGACAACUUCGGUCUAAAAUAGGGCGGGGCGAAGGGGGUAUGGGUGACGCUUCUUAUGAAACCGACUCGAUGGGCAACUAUUAGAAAAGCCUAGGCAGGUAAUAUCAAUUGAUAUCGAGUAUCACAAACGAGGCAAGACGCGAUGAACGGUGUCACGAACACAAUGGCUGCAUCAGCUCAUGAUUUCGACGUUAUAGAGGAAGUGGCAUGUUACGCAUACGUAGUAAUGAAAACUGAUUAUCUGAAA